GUAGAAAGAGCAACUUUGAAGCUAUCGUACUUUUCUAAAAACAUCUUCCCCACCGUACCGGAAAUGUACGAAUACAAGGAAAAACACAUCAGCCGUUGCCAGUUAAAACCGUUAUUUUGUCCCAUCAUCAUCUAACACGUACAAGCUUGAAGCAUCAUUAUUUUACCCAUAUUAAGAGUCUGAAAGGUUUACAUUGAAGUGAAACUACGCUAUAUUUCUAAGACCGCGUUGUUCUGGAACGUUCCUUCUCCAGCUUGCAAAAAUGCUUCAGAAAAUUGUGUGCCCGUGUGCUGCCUAACUAAUAUUGUCUGUCUUAAUCUUAAAACCUACCUUUUUCGUUGAUGCUGCUCCUUGAUUCAAGGUUUAAAAUAUUUUAAUGGCGAGUCAUGUAGUCAUCAGAACAACAACAAAACAAGAACUCAAAACGUCUGAGAUAUACAUCAGUUUUAUGAUUAUAAAUGAAUUUCAGUUUUUGAAUUGAAUCACACAGGGCUGCAUAGCGGCACUGUUGCCUUUCAGCAAGACAGUCCUGGGUUCAAAUCCCGGCCUGGGGGUCUUUCUGCAUGGAGUUUCCAUGUUCUCUCCGGAGAUGUACUACUUUACUGAGACGCCCCUCCACGCUUUGUGCCUGAUGUUAUGAGCUUCUGUUUCCACAGUACACCAGAGACUUAACCCAGCAUGUCAUCCACACCAAAUCAAAGUCCAGCUUUCACUUGCUCUAGCGAACCUGCUGGUCUGUCAGCUAAGCGUAAGAGAAUGAAACAUUUCUCCAAAAAGCAGUCGAACAACUUACGCCGAAUAAACAUUGGCGUGGCCUUUCAAAGAUGGCGCGACCUCAAAGAUUCGCAUGGAUUCAGGUCUGACGCACAGUUGGCCUUGCAUCUUCUUCAUGAGUUUGUGACUGACAUUUGCCUCCAGCGUUACAGAACAGAGACAUUUCCUCCUGUGUCUGGACCUGCUGAAGCCGGCGAUAUGAGGCUAAUGAUCUCCCAAUCAGAAGUGCAAGCUCUCAUUGAGCAGGAGGCCCAUAAAGCUGUGGCAAAUAAGGAAAGGCAGAUUGAGAGUAUGAUACAACGCAUUCAAGACUCAAAUGAUGAAGCCAGCUUCGAAACGUCCAUUCAGAAACUAGAGAGUCGAAUCGAAGCCAUAGCGAGGAGAGCGGAGGUGGCUCUCUCCUACUUAGCAAGUAUUCAGAAGCAGAGUUCUCCGUCCUCCGCUGGUGACGCUGACAUCCUCGGGAAAGGCCCACAGCGUGACCCUUUGGAAGCGGCGUCACAGACAGACACAAUGAGAACAAACCGUGAAGCGGAAAGUGGGGAGCUUCUCAAAAUGAUGGAGACAACAAGAAACGCACUGAAGAAUUUCCGUGCCGACAAUGAGACGUUGACCACUGCCUUGGCGAAUUUAGAGGACCCUCCUCCCGUUCUGACGCCUCGGUGUUCUCCUGUUGCUACGGAAAGAAAAAUAUGUGGACAAAAAAAUCAGUGGUCAAGUAAUGAAGAUUUAUGUGAGAAGCCGCCGCCACCGCCGUGUCUUAGUCCCUGUGACUCUAAAGAGCAUAAGAAGGUUGCCAGUAUAAAAACAGAGGCAGCAGAUUCCCGCAACGAGAAUCAAGACUACUUCGAUGAGCCCAUGGCUAAGCGGUUAAAAGAAGAAGCUUCCUCUCCUGGCCACAGCAGCAGUCCUGCACUCAGUGAUUUGGAAGGCAUAGAGUCGACGAAGGAGGACAUGUUCGUCUAUCCGCCUCUUCCCAACACCCCCUUCCCGGCCGUCCUGAAGAUGGAAGCGGCUUCGUACAAGAUGCCUCCGAGAGUAGACGUAAACCUGGCCUUCAUCAGGAACCCAACUCGAGUCUCCGUCCUCUGGAACGUGGAGGACGAAGACCCCAGUUUGCCACCGAUGGAAAGCUACACCAUCCUGCUGGCGAUGGAGACCUUUAAAGGGAGCGGCGUCUUCCUCAAGUGGGAUACUUACGACAAACUGCAGGCCAAGUCUCUGCCCAUGUGCGCUCUGAUCAAUAAGUUCAAGCGUGGGCACAAGCUGUGUGCUGCUGUGGUGGGCAAAGACAUAUUUGGUCGCUACGGACCCUAUAGCAAAGUUGUUACGGCGAUCCUGCCGGACUAAUUCGGAAGAGGAUGCAUGCAGGAACGCCUUGGAAACCUAAAAGCUUUCGUUUAUUGCUUUGAUUGUUCAGAAUGCAUUUUGUUGUUGUUCUUACGCAGGCAGAACUAUUUGUAAGUAAAACAGCAUGCACUCAAAUGCCCGUAAAGUGAGUUAAGAAGCAGGUCAGCUUUAGAAAGAUGUCUCUUAAAAGUUUUACAGUCGGGUUCCAGUUGGUAAAAUAAGUGCCAAGAUGUAAAUAUUCUUAGUUCACCUUUGUGUUUAGAUGCCAGGAGGAGAAGUAAUGGUGCUAUCUUAUCUUUAAAAGCAUGCAAGCAAGAUUUUAACGAAAUGUUGGAUUUUGUUUAUUUGCAAAUAAAGUUGACUUUUAAAUGUUA